UUUUGAGAGUGAUGAGAGGCAUCGAUUAUCUUCAUGCACCAAGUUUAGUUGAUUUGAAGAGAUAGGAUCAUCUUAGUACGUUAAUUUUUUUUUUGUUCCAGAUCUGAAUAUGUUCAUUUGAUUGUUUAGAUAUUACUGUUUUCAGGAUAUCAGGUUUGAAAAUGUCUGGCAGAUCAGAAGAAAUGGAUAUUGGAAUACUGGAACAGAAUGUUCGUUACCACCUGGAAAAGGCCUUCUUGGAGCAAGCAAGAGCCUUCUCAAAAUCUGAAGGGCAAAAUAAUGAUUUCAAGAAAAACCUUGAAGAGAUGGAGGCUCAAACAAAAGAACUGCAGAAAAAACUUGAUAAUACUGAAGCCCAAAAUAAAGAUUUUCAUAUUAAGCUUGCACAAAGUGAAGUUGAGAAGAAAGAGCUUCAGGAGGAUUAUGAAAUAUGUUACGAAACAAAAGGAAAAACUAAGGAAAAAAAUCAUUCAAUUGGAAAAGGAGCUGGAAAAAAAACAAGCACUAGAGCUGGAGAUAGAGCAGAUGAGAGGUGCUUUAAGGACGAUGGAACACAUGGAUGUGAAUGAGGACUUGGAUGCCAAGAAGCAGAUGGAUGAAAUCAAACAAACCCUAAAGGAGAAAGAGGUUGAGUGUGAAGAUUUAGAUACACUUUGCCAAACCCUUAUGGUCAGGGAGCGGAGAAGUAACGAUGAACUACAGGAGGCUCGCAAGGAGCUAGUCAAUGGACUAUGAGAUCCAACAACCCAGGUUCAUAAGAACGGUGUUCAUAUUGGUGUCAAGGUAUUGGGAGACCUUGAUGUCAGACCAUUUGAGACUGCUAUGAAGAGAAGAUAUUCUAAAGCAGAAGCGGAUGUGAAGACAUUGGAGGUAUGCUCUCUAUGGGAGACAUAUCUAGCAGAUCCAUAUUGGCAUCCAUUCAAG